AUGGACCCAUACUUACCCAAACAUGGAUUAAUAGGUUCUACACAUGACUAUGAGGAGGCAGCAUCCAGGAAGGCUGGGAUCGCCGAGAGGAAGAGGGCGGCUGAGAUUGCAGAGGGGAAGAGGAAAAUGUCUGUUCAAAACGAGGAGGCAGCCGAGGUCGCCAGGAAGAAGAAGGAAGCCGAGAUCACCAAAGAGAAGAAAGACGCGAUCGCCAAGGAGAGGGAGGCUUCGAUAGCCAAGGGGAAAAGGGCUGCUGAAAGGGCUGCGGUUCGGCAGAGAGAAAAGGCCAAUCCCGGCGGUCAGGGGGAACUCGAGGCUGAGCCGAAACAGCCAAAGGUGAAGAGGAAGCCGACGGAUCUGAGGAAUCUAGGGUACGAUCGACGAUCUUUUGAUGGUUCGUCGUGA